AUGAAAUGGCCGACAGACACAACAGACACACCACACCUUUGCACCACUGCCUACCACUGCCUCCACAACACACACUCGACCACCAGUGGGUCCGGCGCUCACUUCUUAGCGGACACAACACAACGGCAAUCACCACAACUCAUGGCAUCCCUUCUGAUGUCUUCGGCGGCGGAUACGCAACGACAGGAAGUUAUGCGCAAAGAAUUACUCGAUUUGAAUACUCAGAGGAAUAAAAUGGAGAAUGAGAUCAAAGAGUGGCAAUCAAUCCUCGACAGUCAAAAUGUAGGUUUGAAUGAGCCGUUGGUCGACGCCCAGGGCUUUCCCCGCAAUGACAUCGAUAUCCAUCAAAUCAGAAUCGCGAGGAAUAAAAUCAUUUGUCUUAACAAUGACUACAAGAAUUUGAUGAAACAAAUUGAGGAGAAAUUGUUUGCAUUUCACGAAUUGGCCAAAAGAGAGGACAAACCAAAUGACGACAAUCCAGAGAAAUAGCAUUCAUUUGAUUCAUUAGA